AUGGAUAUUGCGGAAUCUUCAGGUUACAAAGAUUUCAUGUGGGCAGUUGAACUUCACCGUUUGGGUAUGGAAAUGAUUGGAUUGUGGCCUAAAACCGAAAAAUUUAAGAAAAAUCGGUGGCCAGAAAUUCGGGUUGUCCUUAUUUCAAUUUUAUUAAUAUUCGUUUCUGUUCCGAUGAUAUAUGCAAUGAAGCGUGUUUGGGGUGAUAUAGUACUUCUAAUAGACAGUUUACAGAUCACAAUACCUUUGCUUACAGUAUCAGUGAAAUAUGUUAUCAUGCGAUGGAAACAAACAGUUCUCAUGUCAAUUAUAAAUAUGAUGGCGGAAGAUUGGAUGGCAUUCAAGCUGGAUAGAGAAAGAGAUGUGAUGAUAAAACAAGCACAAACAGCGCGAUUUAUUAUGAUAAUUGGAUAUAUUGUCACAAUAAUGGGGUUUGUCACAGUAACUGUCCCACCUUAUUUUGGCAUUCAAAUACUGUAUGCCACAAAUUUCUCGAAUCGAACCAAGUUGUUACCGCUGGAGACGUUCCAUUUCUACGAUACAGAUAAGAGUCCGCAGUAUGAAUUGACAUUUUUUAUUCAUAUCGUGACGACCUUGUUAGCAGCUAUUAUUUACAUGUCUGUAGAUAUUUUUUUGGUACUAAUAAUUCUUCACAUUUGCGGUCAGUUAGAGAACUUAAAAUGCCGAUUAGUUAGUUUGGUUUCGUGCAAAAAUUUCAAUAAAGUUCUAAAUAACAUUGUAGCGACCCAUCUACGACUUAUCAGGUAUGAAUUUUUAUUUCAACAAUAA